AUGUUUCCAAUUCUCCACGCCACACUGGUGGCGGCAUCGAGAAAUGCUUCCAAGGGAUAUACGAGAAGGCGAAGUCAUCAAAAGGCUCUCCAAUUCCGGUCAUUCACCACGAAGAACCGACUCUACUCCGCUUCAAGCCUGGCCGUCAACCAGCAGAGACUAUGGGACACUCUACAUCACACCGCACAGUGGGGUGCGACACCUGAAGGAGGAGUCCGACGCCUGACUCUCACCAAAGAGGACAAGGCCGUCCGCGACUGGUUCGUCGACACGGCACAGCAGUACGGCGCGACGGUCAAGAUCGAUGAAAUGGGCAAUCUCUUUGCUGUCAGACCGGGCCAAAACAGUAACAUUGCUCCCAUCGGCAUCGGAUCACAUCUGGACACCCAGCCCGCUGGAGGCAGGUACGACGGCAUCCUGGGUGUCCAGGCAGGGAUCGAGAUCCUGAAAGUCCUGCACGAGAACAACUAUACCCCCUACGCCCCGAUCGCGGUGAUCAACUGGACAAACGAAGAGGGCGCUCGGUUCAACACGGGUAUGUUGUCCAGUGCUGUGUGGGCAGGCAACGUGUCGCUCGAACACGCCUACAACCACACCGACUCGGACGGCUUGCGUUUCAAGGACGAACUGGCCAAUAUCGGAUACCUUGGCUCCGUCAAGGCCACUCACACGGCAAACCCGCUCUCGGCCCAUUUCGAAUACCAUAUUGAACAAGGCCCUUUGCUGGAAGACGAGGCCAAGUCCGUGGGGGUCGUGACCGGAGUCCAAGGAAUGACUUGGCUCAUGGUGACGGUGAACGGGCGAUGCCAGCAUUGUGGCACCACGCCGAUUGAUCGACGAGCCGACGCCCUCCUCGCGGCAGCGCAGAUGAUUUCACGCAUCAACACCAUCGCUUGGGAGAACAAGGGCCUGACCACCGUCGGGGUCAUCAAUUCCGAACCGCAGUCUCCCGGCACGAUUCCGGGGACCGUCACUUUCAGCGUCGACAUCGAACACCACUCCAACGAGACGCUGGACAAAAUGGCCCAGAUCGUCCGAGAAGCGUGCGCCUCUAUUGCGCAGGGUAACAGCUGCACGGUCGACAUCAAGCAGAUCUGGAGGAGCGCCGCGGUCGAGUUCCACAAGGACUGCAUCGACGCCGUGCGGGCGUCUGCGAUUGAGCUGGUGGGUGAAGAUGGGUAUAGAGAGUUACCCGCUGGGGCGGGCCACGACAGCGUCAACACUUCGUAUAUCUGUCCCACGGCGAUGGUGUUUAUUCCGUCCAGGAACGGCAUCUCGCACCACCCGAGCGAGUAUUCGACCCCUGAACACUGUGCAUUGGGAACGCAAGUGCUGUUGAACGCCGUCCUGCGGUACGACGAGGUUCUCAGAGCGCAAAGGGAGGGAAGCUAG